AUGGCUGAAAACAAAGAAGGAAAUUUGUCGUCUGAAAACGAAAAGGGUGUCGAGAUAUCAGAAGGUGAUCUAUUGUCACCAAACCGAGAAAAAGGUGUGGAGAUAGCAAAAGAAGGUGAGUUGUUGUCACGGAGCCGAAAAAAGAGUUUGGAGAUAACCAAAGAAGGUGAGUUGUUGUCACCGAGCCCCAAAAAGAGGGUGGAAAUAACCAAAGAAGGUGAAUUGUUGUCACGGAACCGCGAAAAGAGUGUGGAAAUAACCGAAGAAGAUGAAUUGGUGUCACCGUAUCCCAAAAAAGAUGUGGAGACAACCGAAGAUGAUUCCUCACCGUGGGGCGAUUUGAUGGAACAAUUGAUGAUGCAAGUCUUGCCAUCCAAUGGGAUAGUCUCGAAAGAAGCUGAAGAAAUGAUGCAACGAUUUACUAUGAAGUUUAUAAGCUUUGUGACGAUGGAAGCCAACGUGAUAUGCAAGAAGGAGAAGAGUUUGAUUCUCCGUGAUAAGGACAUUGCUUGGGCAAUUGAAAUUCUCGGUUUUAAAGAUAUUUUGGAUCGUUACAAAGUACUCGAUGAAGAUCUAAUUCAAUCGUACAUGCAAAUCAAUACAAAACCACUACAAUUCGAUUAG